AUGGCUCUGUUUUUCACUGUUGCUCUCCUGGCUAUGGCAUUGCCUUCCAUGGCAUUUGACAUGGGUCAGUCCACUCGUUGUGUCGCCAUCCCAAAUCAGAUGAAAGUCUGCAAAGACGUUGGAUACUCCGAGAUGCGACUGCCUAACUUCUUGGGUCACACCAACCUGGAAGCUGAGGUGGUGCCACGUUCAGAGGAAUGGAUGCCCCUGCUGCAGACAGGAUGCCACCCUCAAGCCCAGGUCUUCCUCUGCUCCCUCAUUGCCCCCAUUUGUCUUGAUACUUUUAUCCAGCCAUGCCGUAGUCUGUGUGUGGCAGUGAGGGACAGCUGUGCCCCGGUGCUCGCCUGCCAGGGUCAGCCCUGGCCCGAGGCACUCGAUUGUGAUCGCUUUCCUGCCCAGGAAGACAUGUGCCUUUCUCCCCACUCUAAAUCUAGCCACAUUGCCAAAGACUUACCAAAACCUGCCUGCCAAAACUGUCCAUCAGUGGAAGAGUCUCCUGAAAUGAAAACAGUCCUGGAUGCUUUUUGCCUGCAUGACUUCGCUGUGACUGCCAAAAUCCAUCGACGUCGCAUCCCUUUGGGAGAGCCAGAAUUUGAGGUUGAAGGCCAUGUUGAGUUUAUCCGCCAGGGGCCUCUGCUGCCUUAUGACACCCAGCACCUACUGCAGCAGUGGCUCCUCAUAAACCUGCAAUGUGCCAAUACCCUAGUGCGCCCAGGACGAUCACAGCUUUACGUGCUGACUGGUUUUGUGCAGAAGGACGGCAACCUCGCUCUCACCCGUCUCUUCCCUUGGCACAAAAAAGACACAAACAUGGCAGGGGCCACUCGCAAGUGGAAGCAUCACAGGUGUUUAAUGGAUUGAUGUAAAAACUGGAGCUCUGAAUCUGUGUUUAAAGUGUAAACAUGCAUUAACGUAUAAGAUGUCACACUCAAAACGUAUGAAUCAAGACAAA